AGACGAUUCGACAGGACCACGAUGUACCAAUAGCAGUGUGUCUGAAACAGCAAUAUGCUCUACCCAACAACGCUGCGGCUUGCUGUCGCAAGUAGAAGUGGGAUCUAUCUUAUCUCGCCGAGGAUUCCAUGUACACCUUUGAAGAGCUAUACUGUAGUCAAAUCACGAUGUUCAUCAACUUCUACCGAGGAUGUCAAAACGGGCCAUAUCAGCGCAGGGCCCAACGAAGGAAUCCUAUUCUUCGACAAUGUCUUUCCCUUACGACUUCAGAAGUUACUGCGAAUACCCUUCGUCGCGCAGGAGAAACUACCCCCCUGGCUGAACCAUCUAAUAGGACCAAGAGGCACGGGCGGGGAUCCCGAGCAGAUCAUCCAGAAAGCCAGCUCCAAGUACAACAUCCGCAUCAAGGUGUCCAGGACUAUCCCCCGGAUCAAGGAAGGUGGAGCCUAUGUCAAGUUUAGUUAUGACGAUGCCACGCCCGUAUCUGAAGUCGAGAAAGUAAUUCGACGCUAUCUGGAAGAAGAAAACGUGAAGCCAUGGUGGAGUCCUAUACGCAAAAUGCGAGCCGGACUCGUCAAAGGCCGCCCCUGGCUGGAAGACCUCUUCCGGUUUCCUACGUCCCGUCUCAAGGUGGAAUUCAUCCCUUCCGAACCCGGCGCCGAGGCAGUGGAAAUGUCUCAGGAGCAGCUCUAUGCUUUCUUCCGGCCGUAUGGAAAACUGGGGGACAUCCAGACGCAGCCCCCAGAUUCGAAGAUUGUGCCGAGAUAUGCGUAUUUGGAUUUUGCUACGAUUCCGAGGGCGACUAUGGCGAAGAAUUGUAUGCAUGGUUAUCUGGUGACGGAGGCGGAAGGAGGCGGCAAGAAGGGUACUGUGCUUAGAUUGUCGUAUGAGCGAAAAAUCAAGGCCCAUUGGAUCCGUGACUGGUUGGUGAACCACCCGAGGAUUGUUAUUCCCUUGGUUGCUGCUCUGGUGGCCGGUAUCACCGUCGCCAUAUUUGAUCCAAUCCGCACGUUCUUCAUCAAAAUGCACAUAACGCGAGCCUUGCACAUCGGCGACAAUAAGUUCUACAAAUGGAUCAAAGGCUACGCCACAGACAUCAUUCCCUGGCACCGCAAAGACGACGAAGACGCCGGCAUGGAAGCCGUCUGGGACGACCGCAAAGCCAACAUUGAGCAGAUACAAACGUGGCUCAUGGAAACAGCGGACACUUUCAUAAUCGUGCAAGGGCCACGCGGUACCGGGAAACGAGAGCUGGUCAUCAACCAGGCCCUCAAGGAUAAGAAGUAUAAGCUCAUCAUCGAUUGUAAGCCUAUACAGGAUGCGAGAGGCGAUGGGCCUACGAUCAAUGCUACUGCGGCGGCUGUGGGCUACAAACCCGUGUUCUCCUGGAUGAACAGCAUGAGCGGGAUGAUUGACAUGGCUGCUCAAGGUGCAACUGGAGUCAAGACCGGUUUCUCAGAAACCCUUGAUUCCCAACUCAGCAAAAUAUUCAACAACACGGCCACAGCACUGCGGCAGAUUGCCCUGGAAAGUCGACGAAAAGAUGACAAGGAUGCUCAGCUCGCCGACGAUGAAUGGCUGGAAGCUCAUCCGGAGCGGAGACCUGUGGUUGUGGUCGACAACUUCCUGCACAAGAGCCAUGAGGGAGGCAUUGUCUACGACAAGAUUGCCGAAUGGGCCGCACGCCUCACGACGGCGAACGUCGCCCACGUAAUCUUCCUGACCAGCGACAUCUCCUUCAGCAAACCGCUCUCCAAAGCCCUGCCCGACCGCGUAUUCCGCCAAAUCUCCCUCUCAGACUGCAGCCCCGAAGUUGCCAAAAGAUUCGUCAUCACGCACCUCGAUGCGGACGAUCCUGAGUCCUCUUCGAAGGAGGACGAAGGAACGCCCAAACGACGGCUCAGCCAAACACGCCCGGAUUUAGCAGAAUUGGAUAGCUGCAUCGAGCUUCUUGGUGGACGACUGACCGAUCUCGAAUUCCUCGCCCGAAGAAUCAAGACGGGCGAAACGCCGCACAAAGCCGUCGGCGAAAUCAUCGACCAAUCCGCCUCGGAGAUUCUGAAAAUGUACAUAUUUGGUACGGACGGCGGGGACUCCAACAGCGGCCGCGGCUGGACCACGGAGCAGGCGUGGCUGCUGAUCAAGCGGCUCGCGAAGAAGGGGUCAUUGCGGUACAACGAGGUUCUACUGGACGAUACGUAUAAAAAGGGUGGGGAGAAGGUACUACGGGCCCUCGAGCAGGCGGAACUCAUUUCCAUUGUGUCCAACCACACCGGUCGUCCUUCGACAAUCAAACCCGGGAAACCGGUCUAUCACUCUGCGUUCAAACGUCUGACGCAGGAUAAAGUGCUGCAUGCGCGUUUGGACCUGGCGAUUUUGGCAGACUUGACGAAGACGGAGACGGAGGUGAUUGAGAAGGCGGAGGGGGAGUUGGUGCGAUUGGCGGAGUUGUACGGGAAGAAUGGGCGGCCGGCCAAGUUGGCGGGGAGGAUUGAGUGGUUGAUGGACCGGGUGCAGAGGGGGCAGGAGAGGGUCGAGGGGUGGGAGAUGGAGGCGAAGGUGCUGAAGAAGAUUUUGGAGGGGGAGUAUUAGUACUGCGGCUUUGCACGUCCGACUGAACAUCCGGCUGCAAUUCCUCUGUAGGUGGAAUUGCCUACCUAGCACAAGCUAACUAGCUACAACUUAAUAAUGCAAUAGGUAGAGUUUUCUUUUUAAAUAUACUACUAUACGUAGAGGUAUAAUACAAAGCUAAUUGCAGGACCUCCUAUAUUGCUGCCCUGCUAGCUGUUUAAAUUAGAUGUGGAAAACAGCAGUACAGAGGACGUGCAGGGGGGUGUUCAGUCGGAUGUGAACAGAGGCGGUAGUUGGCCCUUUCAGCGCCUCCCUCCAUGUGUAGUAGCCAGC